CCGUUCUCGCGUGCUGGCCGGACUACGUGGAGCAGGGCGCGGAGCAGGCCGACGUGGUGGUCAUGGCGAAGGUCAUCCACGUGGGGUCAACUCGCGGUCACGGACUCAAUAGUUUUUAUAAUCUAGUGCGAAUACAAGUGAAAACGUUCCUGAAGGGCGAGGAAACGUGUCGGAAACAUGUGCAAAGACCGGAGUGGGAGGAGGAGGCCACGUUUGUCGAGGUGCCUGACCCUCCUUCCUCCCCGCCCACGGAUCCGCCCCUGGGUGUGGACGGCGUGUCGGCCCGGGGCACCUGCAGCGGGCGGGUGCGGGUCGGGGACAUCAUGAUCUUCUUCCUCCGCCCCAAGACCCAAACCGAGGUCAGGGAAGGUCGUAGUGCCGCGGCGACCUUCCUCGUGACCUCGCAGCCCAUCAAGCUCAACCUUCAGCUCCUGAGGUACACCCAGACUGCAGUGCAAGGUGAGUACCCGCUGGUGCUGUGUUGGUGCUGUGCUGUACUUAUUUUGUUGUGAUGUGUUGUACCGUUCUAUGCUGUGCUGUAUCGUGUUGUCCUGGAGGGUUGUGCUUUUUUAUGCUCUCCCGGUGUGUUGUGCUUUUUUAUGCUGUCCUGGUGAGUUGUGCUUUUUUAUGCUGUUCUGGUGUAUUGUGCCUUUUUUAUGCUGUCCUGGUGUAUUGUGCCUUUUUUAUGCUGUCCUGGAGUGUUGUGUCUUUUCUUAUGCUGUUCUGGAGUGUUGUGCUUUUUUUAUGCUGUCGUGGUGUGUUGUGCU